CGUCCAUUGUAAGAUAAAGUAGUUAGAGAGCUAAUCGUCCAUUGGAAGAAACGUAGACUUUUCACCAGAUUCUAUGAGCGUUACCAAGAGGGGUUUUGUGUUUAAACUCCCCCUCCAGCGGACUUUGCAGGAAUGAAAAUGUUGGUUUUGCAAAACAUUUGUCUCAUGUUCAACAUUUGUCAAGCACUGACUUGCGCCAAUAUCGGGCAUCUACUUUUAACGCCUUACUUAAAAGAAGGGGAAAUAACUACAGCUAAAGAGCUCAGUAUAGUUCAUGACAAAGAUGGCGUCAUACCAACAAGUUAUUCAGGAUUUAUUACAGUUGAUGAACUUAUUGGAAAUCAUUUAUUUUUCUGGUUCUUCCCAGCCAUGAACUCUGACCCCAAAGCUCCACUGGUCAUCUGGCUAAAUGGUGGACCUGGCGUGUCAUCCGAAUUGGGUUUAUUUCAUGAGAACGGACCUUUAAAAUUUAGAGAAACAGAUAAUGGAGAAGUUGGAUAUGAAAGAAGAAACAGUUCUUGGGCCGAGACAUUUUCAAUGUUAUAUAUUGACAAUCCCGUUGGAGUUGGUUAUAGUUAUAGCGACAGCGGAGAGGAAGGUUAUAGAACAACACAAGAAGAGUACACUAUAGAUCUCUAUGAGUUCAUUCAACAAUUUUAUGUCAUGUUCCCAGAAUACUUGCAAAGAGAACUUUACAUUGGCGGCCAAUCAUACGCCGGGAAAUAUGUUCCGGCCUUCGCUUACAGAAUACACGAAGAAAUUCAAGUUAACAGAACCAGAAUUCCAUUAACAGGAAUUUAUCUUGGAGGACCUUUAAUUGACUUUGAAGUACAAGGUCCUAGACUCGCAGACUUAUUCUAUUCUUUAGGCUUUAUUUCUGCUAAACAAAGACAGGACUUUAAGAUUAGUUCUAAAAAGUUCAUUCAUAAACUUGUUUUUGGACAAAAAAAGUUUGUACCUGAUAAGGAUUUUGAAAAGGUUUCAAUGAACAGGGUUUGUAAUGGGUGUUGGGAUAAUUUACAUAACUUAGAGAAACCUCCGUAUGAAGCAGUUGGAAAAGUCAUGAGAUCGUUGCGCUUGAAAGUACAUGCUGGAAGUGUACCAUUUGAAGAAGCUAGUUAUUCGGUGCAUCUGAAGUUAAGUUCCGAUUACUUUGUCUCGACCACUGCUAAAUUUACAAAGCUGAUGGACAAUUACAAAGUUCUUGUGUUUGUUGGAAGCGAUGAUGGUGUAAUCAGCUCUCCCUCGGUGGAAGCUCUUUUGACCUCUAUCCCAUGGUCAUUGCAGCCUGAGUAUAAAGAUGCUAAAAAGUUGGUAUGGGUUGACCAGGAGAAGAAUAAGGUCAAAGGCUUCUACACUCGUGUUGGUCAGUUCUGUAGAGUUACCGUCUUAGGGGCCGGACAUCAAGUGCCCCAUGACCAACCAGAAAGCACUUUGUUAAUGAUGACCGAGUUCAUAAAGAAUGGUUGUAUUAGUGGAAAUUAAGUCAAAUUAGUAAAUCUUGCAUUUGAAAUAACUGUUUAUAUUUGGCUUGUACUUAAUGUCAUAGGUAUCCACUGUUUACGAAAUAAAAAAAAAGGUUCUAACCCCGCAUUAAUCUACACCAGAACUAGUAGCUCACCAAUUUUUAUAGCGGCAUAAAUCUCUUAAUGUUUUGCUGACUUUAGGACUAUGUAGAUACGAUAUUAUUACUAUUAAUGUUAAAAUUAGAAUUAAAAUUAAAAAUUUCCUACGAAAGUGAAACAAAUAA